AUGUAUGUUGUCCAGAUUGAGCAUAGCGAGACCACUGAGCGGGGGAAGCCCAAGGUUGCAGGCCUGAGUGAUCCUCGGUUGGGAACAAUUGACAGGAAAAUGAAGUGCGAGAAUUGCACUGCGAACAUGGCAGAGUGUCUUGGGCAUUUUGGACACUUGGAGCUUGCUAAGCCCAUGUUCCAUAUAGGGUUCAUGAAGACUGCUCUGCAUAAUGAGAUGUUUUUGCUUCAAUUGUUUGAAGAUUCUUGCAGAAAGAUCCUGCAUGCUUCCAAGAAAAAGACAAAGUGUGAAGGUGGGGAUGAAAUUGAGGUUCGGGGCCAAGACGAGAAGAGCCAGUUAAGAAGAGCCGUGGUGGAGGUGGUGCUCAGCAGCCAAAGAUUACUAUUGAAGGUUCUUAGUGUUCUCCAACGAAUAAGUGAUGAGGAUUGCCAAUUACUGGGGCUAAACCCUAAGUAUGCACGCCCAGACUGGAUGAUCCUGCAAGCCACUCAGAGAUCAGGAAGGCCCAUCAAAUCAAUAUGCAUUAGGCUCAAGGCCAAACAGGGUCGUAUUAGGGGUAAUCUAUUGGGGAAACGAGUUGACUUCUCUGCUCGUACAGUGAUUACUCCCGAUCCCACCAUCAACAUUGAUCAACUUGGAGUACCAUGGAGUAUUGUGUUGAAUCUCACCUAUCCUGAAACUGUUACUCCGUAUAACAUUGAAAGGUUGAAGGAUCUUGUUGAGUAUGGGCCACAUCCUCCUCCUAGUAAAACUGGUGCAAAAUACAUUAUAAGAGAUGAAGGGCAGAGACUUGACCUCCGCUACUUGAAGAAAAGUAGUGAUCAUCAUCUGGAGCUUGGUUACAAGGCAUUUUCUUGA